AUGACUUCUUCUAUCCUAGUCUUUGCCUUAGCUUUGGUAACACUCGCUGCUAGUCUCGCUGGCAAUCCCAAUCCAUCACAAGUUAGAGGAAUUGCCCUGGUCUUCCCUCCUGCAACUUGGGCAACACUGAUCACCCAAACUGCUGCCGAGGAGGUGUUCGAAACCCUCCCUUCUGAACAGCAGGCCAAUUAUUUAUUUUUUGAAUCAGUUACCACACCUUUAUUUUUUGGAUUCUUUAUAUUUCAAAUUCUCUUCUAUUCGCUCAUGACCUUGCUCGUCGAAAGGAUUAUGUGGAGUGUGGAUCGAAAAUAUACCACACUUAAUCCUUCUGAAAGCAUUGCUCUGCGUGUUACCAAUCUUUCCAAGACGUUCGCCCUUCCUCGAAAAUGGUAUUGGCCUUUAAGUCGACCCCAGGCAGAGAUGCCGGCCGUCGAUAAUGUAAGCCUCGAAGUCGCUGAAGGUGCUAUCACAUUUCUUUUGGGACCGAAUGGUGGUGGAAAAACUUCCUUUUUAAAAUGUGUCUCUGGUAUGGCUUCUGUCGAUCAUGGUUCUCAGAUUGCGUUGAAGUCAGAGAAUGAAGACUUCGGAAUAUGCCCGCAAAAUAAUAUCUUCUGGGGGUCACUCACUGUGAAAGAACAUAUCCAAAUAUGGCGAAAGCUUCGAAAUGCUGCAUCUGGGAUCGGAUCGAACGAUGACGAAGAUGUUAUAGAUGAGUGCGAUCUCACCGAAAAAUCUGGAGCAGCAGCCAAGACAUUGAGUGGCGGUCAGAAAAGAAAAUUACAGUUGGCAAUGGCAUUUGCGGGAGGAUCGAAGAUGGUGUGCAUUGACGAAGCUUCCAGCGGAUUAGAUCCGUUGUCACGACGCAAUAUAUGGGACAUUAUUACAAAAGGAAAAGGCCGGCGAACAACCUUGAUUACAACGCAUUUUUUAGACGAGGCCGAUGUACUAGCAGAUCAUAUUUUUAUCCUAUAUCAAGGCCGUGUUGUUUGUCAAGGUCCGAGUACUGGCCUAAAAGACCAAUAUGGGGAUGGCUACCGGGUAACCAGUAUCACAAAUUCAGAUACGCAUCAAUCUACUAUCUGGAAACUGAGCAAUUCUACCGAGGCGACACGCAAGGUUAUUGAAUUGGAAAGUGCAAACGAAUUGUGCGAGGUCGUAUMCCCGACACUGGAACAGGCUUUUCUUAGAGUCACCUCAGGCUCCAUAGAAGCACGACGUGUUGAUGUCGAUGGAAUGAUUGGAGACGAAAUGACACAUACAACGCUGAGCAAUGAAAUUUCCGAAACUGUUGAAGAAGAGUUUCGUGAUUUUCCAAAUCUAGACCUUGAAACUGGCAGCUCCUUUUCGGGAACUUUGCAGGACCAGAUUCUCGUGAAUAGUUUGUCUUCCUUUCUCGACCAAUACGAUAGCACAGACCGCGAGUCAUCUGCUCAGCUUAUCCUGACCAAUGUGGAUAGAGUAGUAGAUGAAAAUGAUCUUAUUAAAACUAUAGAAGAUGCCGAAGGAUUCAUUGGAUUUGGGUUAUGGUCUCCAGAACCGGGAACGAAUACAUUUUUUCAUGCGGCUAGUCCGUACGGAAUCGUAUAUACAUCCCUUCAGAAUGGGCUUGCCCUGACUUCUCCUGGGGCAAACCUUGCGCGUGCUUUAUGGCUGUCGAUGAAUACAUUCGACAUUCUUUGCGGAAAAUUCGGUAUUGAUGAAGUCUCCAACCCCAUCGCCUUCUCCCGAUAUGGCGGUGUCUAUUUCAAUCUUGUUCUACAGAUUCGGCCAAGAUCCUGGAUCGUGAUCGGCGGAUAUAGACAUGAAGAUACGAAACACAAGAUCAAAGACGAUGAUGAGAUUCCUUUACGAAUCAUUGGUACUAAAGAAUAUGCUUCAGGAAACGCACCAGAGAUCGGUCUUCCUAACGAAGCAAUGUUACGUAUCUCACAGGUAACCAAGCAGUUCGGUCUAACUCCAGCUUUGCAAGAUAUAUCCUUUGAUAUAUCGACGAAUGAAACAAUGGCAUUACUGGGAGGUAAUGGGGCAGGCAAGACUACUCUUUUUAACAUGAUUCGAGGGGAACUAAAACCAGAUCAUGGAAACAUCCACGUGAAUAGAAUAUCGGUUGUGGAACAAACACGCAAGGCUCGGAUGUACAUCGGGGUGUGUCCCCAAGAAGAUGCCGUUGACAAUCUCACUGUCCAACAGACACUUACAUUCUACGCUUCAGUGAAAGGACUCAGAAAUGUGCAGAGCAAUGUAACUCAGGUACUAACGGCUCUUGAUAUUGUUCAGUUCAAAAACCAUGCACAUAGAGCGCUGAGUGGUGGUACCAAGCGUAAACUAACGGUCGCCAUUGCACUCCUGGGUAACCCACGGCUCCUACUACUCGACGAACCAUCCACCGGACAAGAUGCAGGAGCUAAACGUGUUCUGUGGCAAGCUCUGAGGCGUGUGAGUAAGCACCGCGCUAUCUUGCUCACUACCCACAGCAUGGAAGAAGCUGAAGCACUAGCAAGCAAAGUCGCCAUUAUAUCUACACGUAUGCUCGCUGCAGGAUCACUCUCAGGUUUACAAGAGACAUACGGCAACUUUUUCAAAAUCAGAGCCCUUAGAUUGGAUACCGUCGACAAAUACGUGACCGAGACAGAAGUGAGAGCAGUUCUUGGACAGUGGAAUAUAGAAAUCGUGAAUUAUUGGGAUGCAGGUGGUCUCGUCCAAUUCCACACUACCUUCGAUCGAACAGCACUAGGAAAGACCAUGGUCGGAAUGGAGUGUCUCGGUCGAUUAGUCGGCGCGGAUGACGGGUUGACAGGGAUUCCCACCGUGCCCUUCACAAAAUCCGCCGGGGAAGAGAUUUUCAAAUUACAAGAUGUUCAGGUGAUUCUUGUUGAUCCAGAAUAUGCAUUGACAAGCGACACCCGGGGCAUGACUCUGAUUCCGCCGACAUUGCUUGAUUUUGCUACGAAGUUUACGGAAGACCUCAACUCCUACCUCCAGGAAAACCAGGGCAAUAUCAACGUUUCGGUUCAUACUAGCGAGAUGUUACCUGAAAAAGGCUAUAUAUAUCUCACCAUUGGCAGUCCAGGAGACUUUCUUGAUGCUGCCUCACGGGAAACGCCUGAAGGAUACACGCUCUCCAUCACGCAGACAGGUAUUACUAUCACUGGUGCUAGCCCUUUGGGUGUCUGGUGGGGAACUCGCACAGUCCUGCAACAAGCUGCUCUCAAUCAUGAUGAAUUGCUUCUUGGGACUGGCACCGACGCACCAGGCUGGGGGAUUCGGGGUGCCAUGCUUGAUGUCGGGCGUCACUAUUAUCCACCGUCAUUCCUGAUCGAGAUAUGCUCAUACCUGUCUUUUUUCAAGCAAAACACCUUCCACCUCCAUCUCAGCGAUAAUUUGUAUAACAAUGUGGACAUAUACUCUUAUGAACGCCAAAUGGAUCUGUACUCCACGUUCCGGCUACGUUCUGAAGAUCCAGUUGUUGCGGGUCUGAACAAGAAAGCCAACGAGUCGUAUACUUGGCAGGAUUUUAACAACAUUCAGCGGGAAUGUGCAGCACGAGGGGUAACAAUUGUCCCCGAACUAGAAGCGCCCGGUCACGCUUUAGUGAUUACUCAGUGGAAACCUGAAUUGGGCAUGUCCUCUGAUAUGUCACUGCUAAAUAUCAGCACUUCAAACACGAUCCCUACCAUGGAGGAGAUUUGGAAAGUUUUUCUGCCAUGGUUUCAUAGCAAGACGGUGCACAUCGGUGCCGAUGAAUAUGUUGAUGCGUCGCUAACAAAGGAUGCACUAGUAGGGGAAUACAAUACGUUUGUGAAUGCUAUGAACAGGUUCAUGGGGACGAGUGCAAAUAAAUCCAUACGUAUUUGGGGUACAUUCCCACCUUCAAGCGAUUACAGUAAUAAUAUUGCAACGAAUGUGUCGAUUCAGCACUGGGAGUUCUUCGAAGAUAAUCCGUACUACGACUACAUUGCGAAUAGAUAUCAGGUACUUAACUCGGACGACGCAUUCUAUGUUGUCAAUAAGUAUUCUGGCAGUUACCCACAGGCAAUCAAUCUCACACGCGUGUUCUAUGGUGCACCAAAUGGUGAGCCCUAUGCUCCAAACAUUUUCGACACAAGUAAUGCGACCAACAACCCUCCGCGAGAUAAUCCGCUAGUACUUGGCCAUGUUGCUGCAUUAUGGAAUGAUUAUGGACCCAAUGCCACCGUUUAUAGCGAAGCGUACUAUGCCUGGCGGGAAGGGUUGCCAGCGUUGGCAGAUAAGCAAUGGGGCGGAACGCUUCUGGAAGACGAAUACAAUGCAAUCUUCGCCACCUUGCACGCGUCUGUUCCUGGGCAAAAUCUAGAUCGCAGCAUCGCUUCUGAAUCGAGCACUAUUCUGUCCUACUCCUUUCAAAACCAGCCCCAUCUCCCAAUAGUUAUAGACUCCUCGGGCAACAAAUAUGAUGGUAUAACUGAUUGCCAGGUUGUCGAUGACACGCUUGCACUAACACCUCACUGCUCCUUGAGCACCCCGCUUUCUUCCAAGGGACGCAAUUACACUCUAUCGUUCUCUAUCUAUCCGACCAGCCACACCUCAGGAGCCAUCUUUUCAGGAGCGGAUUCUACACUUCUGGCCGGCUACGAAAGCAUUAGUAAUAUCACGCUUCUCGCCUCAGGCAAUCUAUACACGUUGAACUACUCCCUGCCAUUAAAUACGUGGACCAACGUAAGUCUGAUCGGCGAAGGGAAUGCAACAUACUUUGUUGUAGAGGAAGGAAACGAGAAAGAUGUCAAGCAAAUGGAGUUUCUAACCAAGACGGGGAUUAAUGGGGAAUUCUUUGUCUGGAGAGAGAUUGCAGUGGAGGCUCCCUUAGCAACAAUUGGAGGUGCAGGCUUUGAAGGUUUGCUGAAAGACGUUGUGCUUUUUAAUUGA